GAAAGAAAACAGAUGCCGAGAUAAGAUAAGGAUCUGGAGCCUAGCCCCAGGAGCUAGCUCGGAUCUUGCCCUGGAGACAGGCUGGAGGGUGGCCCUCCUCUGUGACCAGGAUCAAGGAGGAAGUGUGUGUGUUGGGGGGGAGGGGGCGUCGGGGGGCGGGGGGUGUCAAGCGGUGGGAGGGAAAUCUGGCCCAAAGCUGGUGAGGAAGCUCCCUCGCCCUUCAUCCCGCCACCCUGGUCCUGCCACCUCCAGCUCCCAGGAGACAGCCAGGUGCGGCCCGACCUCUCGGGACGUGCAGGGGGAGGGGGCGGCGCCCGGGCUCCUGCGGCGCUGGCCCGGCCCAGCCCAGAGGGGACAGGAAGCCAGGACACCGGGGAUUGUCUCCGGCGGCCGCAGCCCAGCCCCAGCCCCAGCCCCAGCCCGGGAGGAAGUUCAGCCCGGUGCUCUCGGCUGGGGCCUCCCUCGCUGUAUUGUUGAACAGGAAACCCGGCAGCGCGGUAGCCGGGCGGUGGAGGAGGGAGCGCCGGACGCAGAGCCCACGCGCGCCCUGCCGGGACAAGUGGAGGCCAGGCUAGCGAGUGGACACCCCGAGCUCCUGCUGCCCGCACCCUCUGCGGCCUGGCCCUUGAACACCGGCCCGACGAGAUGGCAGGAGCCUAACCUGCACCCAUCUGCCGGCUCAGCGCAUCCAGCCCAUGGGCUCCCGAAGCGCCGCCUGCCAACGAAAGGCUGCGGCGGCGAUGGCGGCGGACGUCGAGGGGGACGUGUACGUGCUGGUGGAGCACCCCUUCGAGUACACCGGCAAGGACGGGGGCCGCGUCGCCAUCCAACCCAACGAGCGCUACAAGCUGCUGCGCCGCAGCACGGAGCACUGGUGGCACGUGCGGCGCGAGCCCGACGGACGCCCCUUCUACCUGCCCGCGCAGUACGUGCGCGAGCUGCCAGCGAUCGGCGACCCUGCCACCGCCCCGGCGCCGCCCGCGGCCCACCCAGGCCCCGCAGCCCCGGAACCGCUGGUUUAUGACUACCGCUUCGUGAGCGCUCCGGUGCCCCCAGCCCGCGACGGCGUGCCCGCCGAGCCCCGGGGCCGUGCGGGCUCCCUGUGCGGCCCUGCGCAGCGCGGCUCCGGGACCCAGCGCAAGAGCCUGGCGCCCGGCCAGCCCACCUGCCUGUACACACGGCCCGUGGCGCGCGUGCGGCCCGCGCAGUCCCUGGACGACCUGGCGCGAGCCGGUGCCGCGCCCCCUGCCGGCCUCCUCGGGAGCGCCGGCCGCUUCAAGGCCUGCAGCGUGGCGGGCUCCUGGGUGUGCCCGCGACCCCUGGCGCGCAGCGACUCUGAGAACUUGUACGAGGCCAUCGACGACGUGCGCGCACCGCCGCGGGAGGAGCGCCCGGAGCAGGUGGAUGAAGCCCCAGAGCCCGUGUACGCGAACGUAGAGAGGCAGCGUCCGCCCACCCCACCCAGCGCCCCCGCGGCUCCCCGCCCCGGCCCGGUGUGGGAGACGCACACGGACGCGGACACCGGGCGGCCCUACUACUACAACCCGGACACGGGCGUGACGACCUGGGAAUCGCCUUUCGAGGCCGCCGAAGGCGCCGCCAGCCCGGCCACCUCCCCAUCCUCGCUGGGCAGCCGCGAGAGCCUCGAGGCCGAGUGGGGCCAGUACUGGGAUGAGGAGAGCCGCAGGGUGUUCUUCUACAACCCGCUGACGGGCGACACGGUCUGGGAGGACGAGCCCGAAGACGAGGACCAGGACGAGCUGAAGAUGCAGCCAGGCCUGAGCCCCGGCAGCCCCAAGGACCAGAGGCCUCCCACCCCCGAGGCGGACUACCCUGAGUUACUGACGAGUUACCCCGAGGAGGACUAUUCCCCUUCCGGCUCCUUAAGUGAGGCUGGGCCCGCCUCUCCCCUGCCCACGCCCCCUGGCUGGUCUUGCCACGUGAACUCGGAAGGGAAGACGGUCUACACCAACCACUUCACCCAAGAGCAGUGGGUGAAGCUGGAGGACCAACAUGGGAAACCCUACUUCUACAACCCGAACGACGCCUCUGUUCAGUGGGACCUGCCCCAGGUCCCAGUGCCCGCCCCUCGAAGCAUCCUCAAAUCUAGCCAGGACAGUGAGGCCCCAGCCCAGGCCAGCCCUCCUGAGGAGAAAAUCAAGACCCUGGACAAGGCGGGCGUGCUGCAUCGCACCAAGACAGUGGACAAGGGAAAGCGGGUCCGGAAGAAGCACUGGAGCACCUCCUGGACCGUGCUGGAAGGCGGCGUCCUGACGUUCUUCAAGGACUCCAAGUCCUCAACCGCAGUCGGCCUGAGGCAGCCUUCCAAGGUCUCUACCCCCGAGUACACGGUGGACCUGAGGGGGGCCUCUCUCUCCUGGGCCCCCAAAGACAAGUCCAGCAAGAAGAAUGUGCUGGAGCUGCGGAGCCGGGACGGCUCAGAGUACCUGAUCCAGCACAACUCAGAGGCCAUCAUCAGCACCUGGCACAAGGCCAUUGCCCAGGGCAUCCAGGAACUGUCCGCAGACCUGCCCCCGGAGGAGGAAAGCGAGAACAGCGGCUUGGACUUCGGGUCCAGGGAGCGCCUGGGAAGCUGGCGGGAGGAUGAGACGCGGUCGGGAGCAGCUGGGCCCGCCCUGAGCCCUGGGGGCCAAGAUAGCGACUUGAGCAAGGUCCGGUACAAGCUCCGCAAGUUCCUGCUCAGGCGGCCUACCCUGCAGUCACUGCGGGACAAGGGCUACAUCAAAGACCAGGUGUUCGGCUGCGCGCUGGCCACGCUGUGUGAGCGCGAGCGGAGCCCGGUGCCGCGCUUUGUGCAGCAGUGCAUCCGGACGGUCGAGGCCCGCGGGCUGGACAUCGACGGGCUGUACCGCAUCAGUGGGAACCUGGCGACUAUCCAGAAGCUGCGUUACAGGGUGGACCACGACGAGCGUCUGGACCUGGACGACGGACGCUGGGAGGACGUUCACGUCAUCACCGGCGCCCUGAAGCUCUUCUUUCGAGAGCUGCCCGAGCCCCUCUUCCCGUUCUCGCACUUCCCCCAGUUCAUCGCGGCCAUCAAGCUGCAGGACCAGGCCAAGCGCAGCCGCUGUGUGCGUGACCUGGUGCGCUCGCUGCCCGCCCCCAACCACGACACGCUGCGACUCCUCUUCCAGCAUCUGUGCCGGGUGAUCGAGCACGGAGAAGAGAACCGCAUGUCGGUGCAGAGCGUGGCCAUAGUCUUCGGGCCCACGUUGCUGCGGCCGGAGACGGAGGAAGCCAGCAUGCCCAUGACCAUGGUGUUCCAGAACCAGGUGGUGGAACUCAUCCUGCAGCAGUGCUCAGAUAUCUUCCCACCGCACUGACCCCGCGGCGGGCCCUGCGGGCCUGGGACUGGGCGUGGCCACGGCGGCCCUGCCACGCGGUUGGACAUUUCUGAGACCUUCAGCCUCCCGUCGGUCCACAGGCCGCUGGGGAUUCUGCACCCCUCGGCUCUGAGGGUAUGGCGACCCUGGGUGGGAAGUUCACAAAAUGUGAUUUUUUUCCCCCUUACCGCUCCUGUGUUGGGGUUAGUUGGGUUCUGAUCUUUAUUACAGCGCCACCUACUGUGCGUGUGCGGGAAUGCGGGGGUGAUGGCUGUUUUCUGGGAUGGCCCAAGCCCCAUGCUGGGAAGAGGCAUUUGGGUGAGGGGCUUCCUGGCUUCCUCGGGCUUGAGGCCUUAACAGGGACCCUGUGGACUGGCACUGUGCCCAGCGGACCUCCCGCACGGGCGUCGAACCUGCUUCCCGCGGGCCCCACGGAUGAGCUCCGGCCCAGCCCUCCCCCUGGCUGCCUGUGGACCCUUUUCAUUUGCUUUCCUGUUUGGGGUUCUGGGAAGCCGCCUUCUUUGACCCACUUGCGUCCCGUGCAAGGGCUCUUCCCAUUCACUAAAUGUGUGCCCGGCACCCACCACCUGACACGCACCAGUUCCACACAAAAGCCCGUUUUGCAGAUGAGAAAACCGAGGCUUGCAGAGGCAAAGUGACGAACUUGUUCAGGGUCCGGCAGGCGAUCUGACUCCCAUCUCAGGCUCCUCUGACAGCAGAGCACAGUCCGGUGUUAGGGUAAAACCGAUCCUAUUAGCUCCCCCCCCAACCACAGCAUGGGCUUAUGGGUAAAGCAAAAGAAAGGGAGCUGGGUGGGUUCCCCCUGAGCCUGGGGAGGUACCUGAAGGCGAAGAGGAAACCUACCCAGCUGUUCUUCCUUGGGUGGGGGGUGGGAAUUGCACCAGCUGAAGCCCUGGCCCCUUUCAGUACCUGCUGUCAGGUAGGCCCACCUGGUGCUCACCUUGUGAUGUGAGCUGGGAGGGGCCUGCGGGGUGGGGGGAAGGAGCACGGAACUUCCGUAAAGGAAGCGUGGACCCCGGGGUCAGCAGCCCGCCUUCCCUCAUACACAAACCUCCUCUGUUUACGGGCCUCCGCCCCCCGGCCCCGCCCACCCUGUUCAUUUCUUCAACCAGCAAUAAUACUUCCUAUUUAUUGACACUUGCGCCGCGCCAAGCGUCUUACUUGGAUGAUCCCGUUUGUCUCUCACAGCCAAUAUUUAUUAUCUGCUCUUCUGCGCCAGGCACUGUGCUCUGGGGCCAGGGGACUGCACGGUGCCUCCCCGAUGGGGUGCAGGGUCCGGGGGGUGAGGCUGGCCCAAGUCCACCCCGAAUGCCAGUGGGGCCUGGGCAAAGUUACAAGUGGAGGCCACAUACGUUGAAAUACUGUAAAGUUAUAAAUCAAGAUAACAACUGUUCAAUAAAAUAUGUUCCAUUCUCCUA